AUGGUACAACCCCCAUUGACUUCUGAUGUUUGAGGGAGGACUCUGCAUGAUUCGGGUUAGGAGGCUGAGUGCUUGCCCUUGGUGUCUGUGUGGGACAGAUGGGUAUCCGACCAGGAAUUAAACUGCACAGCAGUCAUGUCAGGGGCUGCUGGGCAGCUUUUCUGGAGUCAGUUUGAACAGUUCAGUUUGAUUUGAUGUAAAACUCUUAUUUAAGGGUAUUCACAAGAGGAUGGACACCCAUCUCAAAUGAGUUUCUCUCAGCAAACAUGGCUCAUGGAUGGGGAUGGAGGGGGGAAGGCAGUAGUAAUCCCACAUCUAACCAAGGUUCCUAGUAAGUCUCAGCAGUACCUUCAUGUUCCACAUCAUGAUGGGACUCUACACUCUCCUACAGUACAGUUUUCAUUAAUCAUAACAGGAAGGCGGCCACAUGAAAACUUUACCCCUUCAGACCAAAGCCUAAAUUCUUUCCUGAAGAUGUAUUAUAUCAUUUUUCAUUUGGGCUGCAAUCCAAAUAUCUUCCAAGGUCAAUGAGAUGUCAGAGGGAGCUGGGUCUUGCCUUCUCACCAACUUGUAUUCCUGCCAAUAUUAGCUGGAAGUCCUGCAGAAAGUCAGUGUGGAACACACCACGCUCAACUGAGGAUGUUAGAAAGGUGAUAGGGGCUGGGGUCCUGCUGGCUUGGGUAUAAAUCCAGGUUUAAGAGCCAGUUUGUGGCCAGGGAAUCUGAACGUUUGUGGGAUUUCUUUGAAUCACAGUAUUGUGCACAGCGGAAAGUUACUCACAACCAAUGUAUAACAAACAAGCUAGCAUCAACUCUAUGCAGAAGACUUCAGACCAUGAAAUUCGAGGAACAAAAGAGGCCCUCAUUCAGGACUUGGAAAAGAAACUCCGAUGCAAAGACAACCUUCUCCAGAAUGGCAACCAGCGAUUAACUUAUGAAGAACGAAUGGCUCGCAGGCUGCUCGGACCAGUAAAUGCUGCAUCCGUGUUGGAAACACAAAGUGAAGACAACAUGCAGAACGCACAGAACGCAGAAAACAUCAGACUGCAGAUUCCUACAACACACGUAAGGAGCAGACCAUCCUCAAGAGGAGAUGAACGUGGACACGACUCAAUCCAGGAGAAGUUUUUCCAGCCACGUUUUACGCAAGUGCCUGAAGACGUGAUUAUUGAGGAGGGGCGAUUCUGCAGGCUCGACUUCAAAGUCAGUGGGCUGCCAACUCCAGAUGUGAUGUGGUAUCAGAAUGGAAGGAUGGUUCAUCAAGAUCAGUUCCAUAAAAUGAUAGUGUCAGAAAAGGGAUUCCACUCAUUUAUUUUUGAGGCAGUCAAGUCCUCUGAUGCAGGGACAUACGAAUGUGUGGCUGUAAACCGUGCAGGAGAAGCAUCUUUCGCAGUGAAAGUGGAAGUCAUUGCCAAAGAACACCACACGCCGCCAACUUUCAUCUUCAAGCCACAAAGCAAAAAGGUUUUUGAAGGAGAUACAGCCAGACUGGAAUGCCAGAUCUCUGCUAUCCCAACACCCAGGAUUUACUGGAAAAGAAACAACGAAAUGGUACAAUAUAAUACAGACCGAAUAAGCUUGUUACAUGACAACACUGGAAGGAUUUGCCUCCUGAUUCAUAAUGCAAACAAGAAAGAUGCUGGUUGGUACACUGUGUCUGCUGUCAAUGGAGCAGGAGUGGCCACAUGCCAUGCGAGGCUAGAGGUUGCAACACACACAAACAAGCCACUUCCAGCCCCAAAGCAGUUACGGGUCCGACCAACUUUCAGCAAGUAUUUGGCACUUAAUGGAAGAGGACUGGAUGUGAAACAAGCUUUCUCACCAGAAGGAGAGUUUCAGCGGUUGGCUGAGCAGUCGGGACUGUAUGAAAGUGAUGAACUUUAACUGGAAGAGGAGAUCUCACACCUGUAAGAGACAAUUACAACAUAGAUGCAGUUAACUGGUGAUUGCCCUCAUUAGCAAAAUACCUAUCUACAGAUUUCUACUUUCUCGCACAUUCAGCUCUUCCCCUUUUACCAUGUUAGAGUUUAUUUAUAUGGUUUGGUGACUGUAACCAUUUACUGAGGAUUGUAUUUGAACUAUAAAGCCUAAGAAAGCAGGCUAACUAGCUUGUACGAGCGCGGGUGGGUUUAGGUCUACCUGUACUUGGUUACAUGCUGAAGUAGGUUGGUUUGUACUGCUGCUCUAAUAUCACUCUUGAUCGUAUCAGAAGUCUGUGCUGUCUGAAUACUAAACCCAAAUAGAUUAGAGUGUUUUUAUGAGAAUAAAUUAGAGGCAAAUAAACCUUUGAGUAGCCAA